AUGGCGUCUGGUGGUCCAUCACGUUCCCGUGUCGAUCAGUUUUUUUCUUCUAAGAAAAAGAAAAAGUUUGUAUCCCCUCUUUCGAAAUCGGGGAAAGCUGAACAAGAUGCAAAACUUUCACUCGAAUGGUCUCCUAGUGCCAAGGGUUCUUUAUCCAGCUAUUUAGUUUCCUCCCAAAAUGAGGAUCGUCCUAUUAUCACCUUGCCUACAGAUUAUGGGCCAUCUGACAGACAAGAUCAAGUUCGAAGAAACCUGGCAACAGAGAUUGAAUCAUCUGUAAGAAAUGAUUCUGUGGAUGGCGUGCAGAACGCAGAACUACAACAGUUUGCAGCUAAUUUUUUGUCCGUUUAUUGUAGUGAUCUUCCAACCACAAAAGUAAGUACAAAUAAAAGGCCAGGUAGUCCAACUAUGAUAGAUUUGGAAGAUACGCCGAUCAAGAAGAGACAUUCAAGUAGUGUUGGAAACCACUCACAUGAGAAGGAACUUCAAUUGAGCUUAAGGAAAUGCAAUAAGACAUCCAUUGAAGAUGCUGACAUGGCACUAUGCAAUACGCCAGGACUGGCAGCAGUUAAAGUUGGUGUUGAAGAAACACCCCAGCCAAUGUGCGGAAGCUCUUUAUUUUCACCUGGAGACACGUUCUGGAAAGAGGCAAUGCAGGUGGCAGAUGGUAUGUCCAGAGCAAAUGGUGUUUUUCUGGAAGCUGCCAACAGAGGCUUAAGUGGUGAUGUGGAUGUUGGCUUGGCAUCUUCAGGGCAGAUUGGUAACUCUAAUGACAAAGAAGUGUCACCGUUACCCGUGAAGCAUUUUGAUUUCUCCUGUGAGGAUAAAAAUAUGGCUGUGGAUGAUCCACCCAAUUGUGUUAUAAAUAAUAUGAGCACCCCUUGCAACCCAGUUCAAUCUUUGUCUAAAUUGCCAGAAACAACUUCAAGUUGUGUAAUUGCCAAAAGGAGAAUGGAUGUACUGAAUCAACCCAAUGAUAAUAUAACAUCUAGCAGUACACCAGGUACAAACGUCAAAAGUAACAAUGUAAAUGGUUUUAAUAGUGUAGAAAACACUCCAUCGAGUUCUGUGCCUCUCAAUGAUCGUUUAGAUAUUAGCAAUUGGCUCCCUUCUGAAUUAUGCAGCAUAUAUAAGAAACGGGGAAUAUCAAAGCUUUAUCCUUGGCAGGUGGACUGCCUUCUGGUUGAUGGGGUGUUGCAUAAAAGAAACCUGGUGUAUUGUGCAUCUACAAGUGCUGGGAAAAGUUUUGUUGCAGAAAUUCUAAUGUUACGUAGAGUAUUAUCAACAAGAAAAGUGGCACUUCUUGUUCUUCCAUAUGUAUCAAUUUGUGCAGAGAAGGCAGAACAUCUUGAAUCCCUACUGGAACCACUUGACAAGCAUGUUCGUAGUUAUUAUGGAAGCCAAGGUGGUGGAUCACUUCCUAAAGAUACCUCUGUAGCUGUUUGCACAAUCGAGAAAGCAAACUCUCUACUCAAUAGAUUGCUUGAAGAGGGACGUUUGUCAGAAGUUGGGAUCAUAGUAAUUGACGAACUUCACAUGGUUGGAGAUCAGCACAGGGGAUAUCUCUUGGAGCUUAUGCUGACAAAGCUUCGGUAUGGAGCUGGUGAAGGCAGAGUAGAAUUUUCUAGUAGAGAAAGUUCUGGAACAAGCAGUGGGGGAACUGACCCCACUCAUGGUCUCCAAAUUGUUGGGAUGAGUGCGACUUUGCCCAAUGUUGGUGCAGUUGCUGAUUGGCUUCAAGCAGCACUAUACCAGACAGAUUUUCGACCUGUUCCACUUGAGGAGUAUAUUAAAGUUGGUAACACAAUAUAUAACAAAAAGAUGGAACUUGUCAGGACAAUGUCAAAAAGAGCUGAUCUUGGUGGGAAAGAUCCUGAUCAUAUCGUAGAAUUAUGUAACGAGGUUGUGCAAGAGGGCCACUCUGUGUUGAUCUUUUGCUCCAGUCGUAAAGGAUGUGAAUCAACGGCUAAGCAUGUUGCAAAGUACCUCAAUAAAUUUUCCGUCAAUACAUAUAAUGGUGAAAAUGAAUAUCCUGAUAUUGCUGCUGCCAUGGAUGCAUUGCAAAAGUCUCCAGCAGGAUUAGAUCCUGUGCUAGCUGAAACACUUUCUUCAGGUGUUGCCUAUCAUCAUGCGGGUCUUACAGUUGAAGAAAGAGAAAUUGUUGAAAACUGCUACCGCAAAGGUUUAGUACGUGUCUUAACUGCUACAUCCACCUUAGCUGCUGGGGUAAAUCUACCUGCAAGGAGGGUUAUCUUUCGACAACCUCGGAUUGGUCGCGAUUUUAUAGAUGGGACCAGAUACCGACAAAUGUCUGGGCGUGCAGGCCGCACCGGAAUUGAUACUAAAGGAGAGAGUGUGCUAAUAUGCAAGCCUGAAGAAGUGAAAAGAAUAGUGUCACUGAUUGGGGAUUGCUGCCCACCAUUGCAUUCUUGUUUAUCAGAAGAUAAGAAUGGAAUGACACAUGCAAUCUUAGAAGUCGUUGCUGGUGGUAUUGUUCAAACUGCUAAUGAUAUUCAUCGAUAUGUUAGAUGCACACUUCUCAAUUCAACACAACCAUUUGAAGACGUAGUAAAAUCAGCAAAAGAUUCUUUAAAGUGGCUGUGUCAUAGGAAGUUUCUAGAGUGGAGUGAAGAUACUAAGUUAUAUACUACCACGCCUCUAGGCCGUGCUUGUUUUGGCAGCUCUCUUUGCCCUGAGGAGUCACUCAUUGUUCUGGAUGAUCUCUCAAGGGCUAGAGAAGGAUUUGUGCUCGCGUCAGACUUGCACUUAGUGUAUUUGGUAACACCAACUAAUGUUGAUGUUGAGCCAGAUUGGGAAUUGUAUUAUGAGAGAUUCAUGCAAUUGCCUGCUCUUGAUCAGUCUGUUGGAAAUCGUGUUGGAGUGCAAGAACCAUUUUUGAUGCGUAUGGCUCAUGGAGCUCCAAUUCGCACUUCAGAAAGAUCAAGACAUGCAGUAAAAGGACUUGGGGUGUCAAUCAAUGGCAUUUUUACCGAUGAUCAAAUGCUUCGUGUCUGUAAGAGGUUCUAUGUUGCACAAAUCUUGUCAAGACUUGUACAGGAAGUACCAGUGGCAGAUGUUUGUGCAGCUUUCAAGGUGGCACGCGGAAUGGUUCAAUCUUUGCAAGAAAAUGCGGGAAGGUUUGCUUCUAUGGUAUCUGUGUUUUGUGAAAGGCUUGGUUGGCAUGAUCUCGAGGGCUUGGUUUCCAAGUUCCAAAAUCGUGUUUCAUUUGGUGUAAGAGCAGAGAUUGCCGAACUUACUACCAUUCCCUAUGUCAAGGGUGCUCGAGCUAGGGCGCUUUAUAAAGCUGGCUUACGCACUCCCCAAGCAAUUGCUGAAGCAUCUACACCUGAAAUUGCUAAGGCAAUAUAUGAAUCUACAUCGUGGGAUGCACAAGAAAACACAGCACAAAAACGUAUUCAGUUGGGAGUGGCCAAAAAGAUAAAGAAUGGUGCCCGGAAAAUUGUGCUGGAUAAAGCUGAAGAAGCAAGAGCUGCUGCUUUCUCGGCUUUCAAGGCUCUUGGAGUUGACAUUCCUCAGUUUUCUUUACCCAAAUUGCCAAUAUCUUCUGUGAAUAUCACUAAAAAGGAAACAGUAACGUCUUCACGCGAAGAGACAACCAGUAGCUUUGUUGGCAUGGAUGAAACAGAUGGGAAGCCAAAAACCGAGGGACCGAAGGAAGAAAAAUCUGCAGAAGAAAACUCAGAUGAUACUACCUUAAGUAACUCGAAUACUAAGAACAUGGCGGCAGAGGUAGAUGGUGCGAAAGAAAAAAACUUUGAUAAGAAUAUUCAUCAAACUGAGGAAAAGAAUGAGAAUAUAUGUGUUGGUAAGAAGGAACAGACUUCUGAGAAGGGUCCUAUGAGUGCAAUACACAUUCCUGGUGGUUUUGAUUCAUUCUUGGAUAUGUGGGACUCAACACAUGAAUUCUUUUUUGAUAUUUACUUCAAUAAAAGGUCUGAAUUUCACACGAUUGCCCCAUUUGAAUUACAUGGUAUCGCAAUCUGCUGGGAAGAUUCUCCUGUUUACUAUAUUAACAUUCCGAAAGAUCUGUUUUGUUCAGACAGCAAAAAUAAUAAAACCUUGAUCGGUAAUGAUCUUGAUAUUGCAAAGCAGAGAUGGGAUAGAGUUGGUCUGAUUAUGGGGAAAAACCAAGUAAGAAAAUUCGGGUGGAAUUUGAAGAUCCAAAACCAGGUGCUAAAAUAUCCUGCUGUUUCUAUUCAGAGAUUCGGUAGCAUGAUCCAUCCAGUAAAACCUAUCGGUGUGGAACUCGUAGAAAACAGUUACUAUAUGUUUUCUCCCAUUCAUAUCAAAGAUGCUAUUGAUUUGUGUGUUGUAACUUGGAUUCUUUGGCCCGAUGAAGAGAGAAGUUCUAAUCCAAAUUUAGAAAAGGAAGUCAAGAAAAGGUUAUCUAGUGAGGUGGCAGCUGCUGCAAACCAAAAGGGUCGGUGGAAAAAUCAGAUGCGAAGAGCUGCACAUAAUGGUUGCUGUAGGCGGGUUGCUCAAAUACGUGUGCUAUCAUCUGUUCUCUGGAAGUUGCUAACAUCUGAGAACCUUCAUGGACCGCUUGUAACUGUUGAGAUGCCACUGGUAAAUGUUCUUGCUGACAUGGAGCGUUCUGGGAUUGGUGUUGAUAUGGAUGGUUGCAUUCAAUCACGUCACAUGCUGGGUAAAAAACUUAGAUAUCUUGAGAAAGAAGCAUACAGACUGGCGGGUACAAGAUUUUCUUUAUAUACUGCAGCAGAUAUAGCAGAUGUGCUCUAUACACGAUUAAAGCUGCCAAUUCCUGAUGGUUACAAAGGGAAAAACCAUCCCAGUACUGAUAAACAUUGUUUAGAAUUGUUAAGGCUUGACCAUCCUAUCAUUCCUGUUAUAAAAGAGCACCGGACAUUGGCCAAGCUUUUGAACUGUACAUUGGGUUCAAUAUGUUCACUAGCAAAGUUAUCCAUGAGGACUCAAAGAUACACACUUCACGGACAUUGGCUCCAAACUUCAACAGCAACAGGAAGGUUAUCCAUGGAGGACCCCAAUCUACAGUGUGUUGAGCAUAUGGUUGAAUUCAAGAUGAAGCGAGAUGAGAACGAGGAUGGUGACUCAGAAGAAGAGCACUACAAAGUAAAUCCUCGUAUUUUCUUCAUUGCUACUCAGGAAAAUUGGUUACUAGUAACAGCAGAUUAUUCUCAGAUAGAACUGAGAUUAAUGGCUCAUUUCUCGAAAGACCUGUCAUUAAUUGAGCUCCUCACAAAGCCUCUUGGUGAUGUUUUCAAUAUGAUUACUGCAAAAUGGACCGGGAAAACAGAGUCUUCAGUGGACCCUAAAGAACGAGAUCAAACCAAAAGACUGAUUUAUGGUAUUCUAUAUGGUAUGGGUGCAAAUUCCCUAGCAGACCAACUGGAAUGCUGUCCAGAUGAUGCUACUGAAAAGAUUCAGAGCUUUAAAAGGUCAUUUCCUGGCGUUUCUUCGUGGCUUAAGGAAGCCGUGGCAGUGUGCCGAAAAAAAGGUUAUGUAGAAACUUUAAUGGGAAGAAAGCGAUUUUUGGCGAAAAUUAAGUUUGGAAAUACUGAAGAAAAAUCAAAAGCUCAGAGACAAGCUGUAAAUUCCAUUUGUCAGGGAUCUGCAGCUGACAUAAUUAAAGUUGCAAUGGUAACCAUACACUCUGUUAUUGGUGAAGGGAUUGAGAAGUCAGCAUCUAGUGUUCAGCUUGCAGAAAGAUUCCACAUGCUUAAGGGUCGUUGUAGGAUACUUUUACAGGUACAUGACGAAUUGAUACUAGAAGCUGAUCCAUCAGUUGUGAAUGAAGCUGGUUCACUGCUGAAAUUGUGCAUGGAAAGUGCUGCUUCACUUCUCGUUCCAUUGAUCGUCAAGCUGAAGUGUGGAAGAACAUGGGGAUCUUUAGAACCACUACUGCCGGAGUAAACACAAGGGAUAACCAUAUAAAUCGCUAACAGAGGCCAAUUGUAAAUAACUUUUCUUGUAAGUAAUGUCAUUCACACCAAAUCUAUCUUAUAUUUCCUCAUUCAAUGAAGUUACAACAUUACAAUUUGGAAGUUAUUUAUUUGCCAUAGUAGCAUCACGAAGUUUUACAACUUGUAUACGAGAAACAAAGACAUGAUAAUGAAAAAGGUUGAUACCAUUGUUUGUAGUUUGAAAA